AGGAUAAUAUGGUCAUUUCUCAUUAGAACUUCUGGGCGAAAAUAAAACGGAGGAAUCAAGGAUCAUCAUAAGACCCAUUCCCAACCUUAGAGACACCAGUCUCUCUCUCUCUCUCUCUCUCUCUCUCUCUCUCUCUCUCUCUCUCCAAAUAACGAAUUGCCAUAUGCUCAAGUCUUACAAGAGGAACCUGGCCGAGAAGCUUGUGUCCGCCAAGAAGGCAUGGAACAGCUUCACCGACUCACUGCUCCGUUCAGAACUCCUCCGCCGCGCUCAUCCCCAAAAACUCUCCAAAUCCAUAAAAAAGGCCUCCCUUCGCCUCCGCUCAGUACUCUGCCCCUCCUUCUCCCCCAAACGUCGCCGUUCUCUCCUGCACCGCCGCGGCCACCAGAAGGGCUCCUCCCUCAUAUACGUGGACCAGCUGUUCACAGAGCAUUCCUCCGCGCAGCAGCUGCAGCGUACUCGGAUGGGGAAUCAUAUUGAGGUCGAAGAAGAGACGGCAGCAAUAGCAGUGGGAAUUAAAAAGGGUAAGGAGGUGGGAGGAGGCGAUGGUCAACAGAAGAACAGGAUUGGGAGUUCCAGUAGUGUGGAAGAAGCGUGGAAGGCGGUUGUGGAUUCGAUGCCGCAACUGCGGGGAGUGGACGAGAGGGCGGAGGAAUUCAUUUCUAGGUUCCGGGAAGAGAUGAUGCUUCAGAGGCAGAAAUCAAUUCUUGAUUUCCAAGAAAUGCUGGCCCGCGGUGCCUAAUUUCUUACUGUUUGCUUGCUUCUACUACCCCUUCUCCAAUUCACUGUUUUUUUCUUAAUUAUUUUUAAAAAUUACAUACUCUGCUUUUCUUUUCAUGAAAUAGCUUAAUUGUAAAUCAAAUGAUGGGCUUGAUGAAGAUUCGAAGUGGGAGUAUUUUUCCUUUUCCUACUUUGAACUUUUCUUCUUCUUUUUGGGGUUUAUUGGGUGAGCACAGAGUGAUUUUAUAGGGAUUUAAUUGAUGUGGUUGUGAUGAGGAUUGAUUAUUUACUAAAUUGGUUGUGGACUCUUUUACGCUUGUAUCAGUAUGUUUGGGAUUUUAUAGUGUUGUGAUUUAUGAAUGAAAGAUCUUUGAAUUUGUGAUGCAA